GCUGGUGGACCACCGUCCUCAUGCGGGACCUCUUCAAGGAGUCAAGCCUGGAAAAAGUUUCCGUGACGGGUGCCCUCGAGUUCGUGGUGGAGCACCUCCACUGCAGCCGCGGUGCGCUGUCUCGCCACCUGCUGGCCGUGCGGGGCUUUGUGUACCAAGAGUACACGAGGGAAUGCAACCGCGAGGCGGAGGCGGCGGCCGCCGCCAAGCUCGGCCCCGACGAGCGGCCGGCACAAAUCGCGCGGGCAAAGGCCCGGGCUGCGAAGGCUGCGGCCAAGGCCCGCGAG